AUGAUAAGAACAAAGACAGUGAGACCUGUUGUACCUUUAGUUAGACUACAAUCUAGUAUCACCCCCAUUUCAUAUAUUGACGAUGACUUCUUAUCAUCAUCUAAUAAACAAGAAAUAGCUAAGUAUUUGAAAAAUUUAGGACCUUUCCCUACAUAUUCCAAUAUUUUGAAUCCUCAACAUUUCUAUCAAAAUGAAGUAUUAAUGAAAUAUUUAAAGAUGAACCCACAUCCUGUAUCAUUACGACAGUUAGCGGCUUUCGGUAAGAAAUUGACCAAAGAGAAGAUCUUAUCAAGUGCCAAUUUUGUGAGAUUAGAAUUACCUAUCAGAUUAGCUAUAAGGAUUCGAGAUUUACAAACCUUACCAUUUGGAAUAGUCAACAAUUUCCAUUUCAGUCAAAUCUAUGAGAGUUAUUAUCACCUGUUUAAUGCUUUCAGAAAGAUGCCCAAGAUUACAAACAUACAAGAACAUGAGAAAUUCUGUAAACAGUUAUCUAUAAUGUUAGAUGAUCAUGUUUUCAACUUGUCGCAUCUUAUGAUGGGAGCCUUGGAAGUAUCUAUUUUAGAAAACUUCCCCCAAAAGGAUUUGGAUGAGUUUAUGAGUUCAAUGAUAAGAUCUAGAAUCAGUAGAAGAGUCAUCAUUGAAGAACAUCUAUCAUUAGCUGAGAAUUAUAAUAAACCUCAAUCAGUUAAACCUCCAGAUUAUAUUGGUGAGAUGUUUGAUGAUUGUAAUGCUGUUGAUCAUUUAAAGAUUGUUAGUGAAUUGAUUAAGAAUUCCAUGACAGAUAUUUAUCCUAAUAAGGAAACCAUGCCCGAUUUGGAGAUCGAAGGUGAUUCAAAUGUUUCCUUCCCAUUUAUGAUACCUCAUUUGCAUUAUUUAUUUGGAGAGAUCUUGAGAAACAGUUAUGAAGCUGUCAUUAAAAGACAUGGUAAAUUAACCACCAAGAAAUUACCUCCCAUUAAAAUCACCAUCAUUGACUCUGCUAAGCAAAUAAUAAUAAGAAUUAGUGAUGAAGGUGGUGGAAUAAGUCACGAUAAAUUGAAAGAUAUUUGGUCUUUUGGUAAGAAUCCUGAAUUGGCUAGAAAAUCCUUAGCUAAUUUCCAUAGAAUCCCAGGUUUACAAUUAUACUCAAACUUGAAAGUUACUAGUCUGGGAUCUUCAAUCAUCGAUAAAACUUCUUUAUUAGAAACAGCUGUUGGGGAUAUAAAUUCAUCAACAUCUACAAAAACCAAGACCUCAACGUUAGAAAGAUUGAUUACCAGACCAUAUGAAUAUAAACUUGGUCUUGGUUUACCCAUGUGUAAAGUUUAUGCUGACUACUGGAAUGGUGACUUACAAAUGAAUUCUCUUGAAGGCUUUGGCUGUGAUACAAGUCUUAUUAUCACCAAAUUGGGUUAUCACAGUCAAACGAAUCAAUUAGAUAGAGCUUAG